CGUCAAAUAUCUUCAAUGCGAAGCGUCAUUUCAGCCAGAAGAGUGUGUGUUUCUCCAAGCUCUGCGUAAAUAUUAUUGCUUUCCAACAACAUUUCUUUGAUUGUACGCGGGAAUUGUAUUUUUUGCGAUGGGACCGACACACCUACACGCGGGACGUACGGGCAGUCGCGGCGGGCCGAGCCCGGGCACCUCCAGCCAAGCGAUGGACCAUGCACAGGCUCUCCGCACCCAGAUCCAGAAAGAGAUCGAAGAAAAGGCCAAGGUCUGCUCCAACACACAGUACGAGUGUACGCUGCCCCGGGUCGACUCGUACGCCUACUGCUUCCGGCACAUCCUGCAGGACCCGGACGCACCGUACAAGCAGUGCGAGUACGAGUUCGCGAACGGGCGCCGCUGCCUGGAGCCGUCGCCGAAGUACGACGCCAAGCGGGACUACGGCUCCAACUACUGUUUCGAGCACAGCCGCCAGACGCAGCUGAUCAAGACCAAGUCCACGAUCGGGAAGCUGGUGCCGGUGGAGACAACCGAAACGCUGCUGAACGGGCUAACGCACCACGUGAAGGUGGACAAGGUGAAGCAGCACUACCUGGGAAGCAGCACACCGCUGAAGAUAACCGUACACGAGGACGAUGAUGACACGGAUGUGGACGUUGUAACGCCCUCGGUCGAUCCUUUCGUUGACGUCGAUGUUACGACGGUGAACGAUGCCGGCCGGAUCAUCCUCGACUAUGCGUCCGACUCGAGCGACGAGGAUGAAGCGCUGGUUAAUCCAACGUACGGCUCCACCUGGAAGGCGCACGAGAUGGACAACUCGGACAACGAGAGCGUCGACUCGCAGAGCGAUGACCCGCUGAAGCACGCCGGCAUCUACACGGCCGAAGAGGCGACGCGCAUCACGAAGGAAAAGCUGACCCGCCUGCAGACGCUCUACAUCGAGCAGAUCCACCGCCUGCAGCACGUGUUGCGCGAGCGCCGGCGCAACUAUCUGCGGGAGCAGCGGGCCGAGCGCGACUAUCACUGCAGCAUCUUCGAUCAGGUCAAGCAGACGCCCCGCGAGCGUAUGCUGUACGAGCAGCUGAAGGGUUUGAACCGGUACCACCGGAAGCACGGGGUGGAAGCCAUUCUGCAGCGCAAAUAUCUGGAGAAGCGGGCCAAAGCGACGGAGGGCCUGCAGCAGAAACCCCCCUCGCUGCCCAAGUGUGCGUACACGGAGGGUGGGGUGAAGUGCGGGGAGCGCACCCUGCCCUGCUGCAAGCACUGCCGCAAGCACAUCCUGGAGGACAAGAAGCAGGUGCUGUUCCGGGCGUGCGGCAUCGAGAAGAGUGGCGUGGUGUGCCAGGAACCGCUGGCCGGCCUGUUCGAGAACGUGACCUGCCCGCUGCACAUGGAGCUGCCGGCGCAGCGAUCGUUCAACAAGCGCAAGUACGAAUCGGAAUCGGAGGGAGAGGGCGAGGUGAGCGGGAUGGAGCCGCCGGUGAUGGUGGUGGCCGGGGCGGAAAAAUCAUCCGCCAAAGCGGCGAAUGAGACGAACGCCGCUACAGCGCACGACAGCACGCAGGAGGACAAGAAGGCGGUGAAGGUGGAGCCGAAGGCAGGUGGCGAUGGUACGGUGGACGCCAAGGCUUCGGUAAAAGCGGAAAACAACAAGCGCAAAGUGAUCAAAACGGAACCGGUAACGCCGGUACCGCGGGUCCGCAAUACACGGUCGUCCCGGGCAGCAAUGGCGAUGCAGGAAGAUGCUCCGGCUGAGCAACCUGCCCCCGAACAGCAAGCAGCAGAAGGCGAAUUGAAGAAGGAACAAACCGAAGCGAAGGAAAUCGAAAACAAUGUCACCAGUGCUGCUGCUGCUGCUGCUACCGUCGACCAAACGGAUGAUGGCAUGGUCGAUUUAGAAGAGAGUCUACUGCCAGUCAGUAUUAUUCCCAACAAGAAGCAAAAGCCGGACGAAACAACUGCCGCUGAGCAGGUGAGCGAAAUGGAAAGGAUGGACACAUCGACAGAAGCGGCUGAAAGCGUCAAGGAAGCGAUGGAAACGGAAACCACUGACGAAAGGCAGGCCGAACCUUCCACCGUUCCCGAUCAACCGAAGGAAGGUGCCGAGGGCGACAAAAAAGAGGAAGAGAAAAUAGCAGAAACAGAAGAAGCAACGGAGGAGUCAAGUGUUGCUGCAGAAAAAGAGGAACCUACUACUACUACCAUCACCGCAACGGAAAACAGCCAGCCCAAGGAUGCAGACGACACAACCACCACCGCAUCCGGCGAAGAGAGCGCAUCAACGGCACCAAAGGAAAGCGAUGACCGGACCGACCAAACACCUAAAGCACAGCCAAAGCCACAGCCAUCACCGUUAACGGCCAGGCAAAGAAAACUCCGGCUUGCCACGGAUAGGAAAGAAUCGGCAGCGAAGGGUACGAACGAAACGGCGACCGCAACCGCAACGGAGGAAGUGAGCGGCACGUCGGACGAGGAAAAGGCUAAAAAGGCGAAGGGCGGAAAGGCGGAAUCAUCUAGCGGUAGUAGUAGUUGUAGUAGUGCGGCUGGUGGGAGUGGCUCGGAGCAAAAAUCUCGUCGCCAGAAGUGAGGAAAGCAAUUGCGUUGAAGUUAAGUUGCAGCGUGAGCAUGUUUUUUAAGUUACUAGAGUUUUCACAACCUACAUUACACUUUACGAUGAAGAUAUGAUAGUUUUAUAGAAAUGGAACCAAUAAAUAGCCAUCUUCCAUGGAACGACCUAAUGGAAGUUUAA